ACACACACACACACACACACACACACACACACACACACACACACACGUCAUAUAAGGAGCAUUGAAAUAGUUGUAAGAGCAGAUGAAACAAGAAAGCCAAUGAAGGCAACAAAACACGAAUGACAGCAAGACUUCAGUCUUAGAAAGAUGAGCACCUGGUUCUUCCUCUCGCUGUGUGUGCUGACCUGUUGUUGUGGCCGCAGCAAUGGCGCCCUCUCUUGCCCAGACAUGUGCACCUGCCACUUCUCCACCAGCGACGCCAAGGUGGUCUGCAGCGACGCCUCCCUCUCCCAGUUCCCCUCCAACAGUCUCCCAGGCAAAACCACCUCCCUGUCCAUCCAAUCCACCAACCUCAGCACUAUUACUGCCAACCACUUACAGGCCACGCCCCUUCUGAAAGAGCUCCAACUGUAUUACACCAACCUGAGCACCCUUCCCUCAGAUCUCCUCAGGGCCGUUCCUCACUUGCACACGUUGGAUCUCACAGGGAACCACCUGCACUUCCUGCCACCAUAUGUCUUCAGCCACGCUCCACUGCGUAACCUGGUGCUGAAGAACAACCUGAUCAGUGGUGUGGAUGCUGAUUGGCUCCCUGACAACAGUAACCUCACCUGGCUGGACCUGUCAGGGAACCGUUUGACGGCCGUACCCACAGCCCUGUUCCAGAAACUAUGCCACCUGGAGAACCUUGACCUCUCCCAUAACCGCCUGGAGAAGCUCCUGGCAGGGGCACUGUAUCCUCUGAGCAGACUAAAGAGGCUCAACCUGGAGGGGAACCAACUCAGCACCCUGGACCCUUCUGCCUUCAGGAACACCCCAAACCUGACGCACCUCUUCCUCCAGGAGAACCAACUGGAGAGGCUUCCCCCGACUCUCCUCCAGGGGCUCCAUCACCUUGAUUUCCUGUUUCUCAACCUCAACCGGCUUGGUCACAUCUCCACCACCCUGCUGGAGCAGCUCUCCUCCACACGGACGAGCAACCAUCUUCGGGUGGCCUUCAGCCAGAACCCCUGGGUGUGCGAUAAGAAGGUGGAGGACUUGUGGAGGUGGCUGCAGAAGAACCAGAAGAAAGCUUUCCUGGCCGAUGACAUCAGGUGUGCCAGCCCUGAGUCUCUGAAGGAACGAUCAGUGAUGUCGCUAACUGACAGUGAGCUAGGACUUUUCACUUAAACAAUAAGAAGGUGGGGCGCUGUGGAGGUGUCUCAGAAUGACCCAGGGGAGAGUGUUCUUUCAUUCUUUGUCAAAUGUGCCAGCCCUGGUUGUUAAGGACCAGGUGGUUGUGUCUCUGACUGAGAAAGAGCUAGAACUCAAAACGGAUAAAUAAAACAGGCCCACUCUUCAGGUAACAACUGCAAA